AUGGAUGUUCGCGACUUGCCGUCUGAGGUCAUCGACCGGGACACGUUUGAGCAGAUCCUAGAGAUGGACGACGACGAAGAGGAGCGCGACUUCAGCAAGGGCAUUGUUGUCGACUUCCUGUCGCAGGCCGAAACCACGCUCGAUGAGCUCGAUACCGCCCUAGGCGUGAAGAACCUCACAAAGCUGUCUGAGCUAGGGCACUACCUGAAGGGGAGCUCUGCCACCCUGGGUUUGAGCAAGGUCAAGGUCGAUUGUGAGAAAAUCCAAAACUUCGGCAACAAGCUCGACGCGACAGGAGAGAAUGCACAGCCUGAUGAGGAGGUAUGCCUAAAGGGCAUCAAGGAUGCUCUGGCGGAUCUCAAGAAAAAUUAUGCCGAGGCAUCUGGUGUACUCAAGAAGUUCUUUGACCUAGAGUAA